AUGAAGUUUGACUCAAUUGCACGAGUUAACAAAGGCGCAGCUACUACCGAAUGCACAUGUGCAGCUGCAUUAAAGAUCAACCCGGUAGAGGGCCAAAAGACAUUGACGAUUAUUAUCGGGGCCGAGACAAAUUAUGACCAGAAAAAGGGCAACGCUGAGAACAACUACUCAUUUAAGGGCGAAGACCCCGGACCUGUCGUCGAAAGAGCCACGAAUUCAGCAUCAGCAAAGUCGUUCGACGACAUAUUGAAAGAUCAUAUCGCCGAUUUUCAAGCCCUAGAGGGAGCCUUCGAACUGAAUCUUCCAGAUUCCCUAAGUUCUGAGGAGAAGGAGACUGGAAAAUUGAUAACCGACUAUGUUUAUACAAAUGGCGGCGACCCAUUCGUGGAGGCUUUGCUUUUCGAUUACUCUCGCUACCUUCUCAUCACCUCUUCUCGGGAGAACUCGUUGCCUGCAAACCUUCAGGGACGAUGGACGGAGCAACUAUAUCCUGCUUGGAGUGCGGAUUACCAUGCAAACAUAAAUCUGCAAAUGAAUUAUUGGGUUGCCGACCAAACCGGUCUUGACAAGACUCAGGUCGCUCUGUGGAACUACAUGGCAGACACAUGGGUCCCUCGAGGGACUGAAACAGCCAGGCUUUUGUACAACGCGGAUGGCUGGGUCGUCCACAACGAAAUCAAUACUUUUGGCCACACGGCAAUGAAAGAAGGCGCAAGUUGGGCGAACUAUGCGGCAGCAGGCGCCUGGAUGAUGCAGCACGUAUGGGACAACUUCGAAUACACCCAAGACUUAGAAUGGUUUAAACGCCAGGGUUACCCGUUGAUCAAAGGCGUUGCUGAGUUCUGGCUUUCACAGCUACAGGAAGACCUUUUCUUCAACGAUGGCUCUCUAGUUGUUAACCCUUGCAACAGCCCCGAAACGGGGCCGACAACUUUCGGAUGUACGCAUUAUCACCAACAGAUCCAUCAAGUAUUCGAGGCUGUAAUUCAUGGCGCGAGUCUCGUCUCCGAGUCUGAUGCAAAGUUCCUUGAUAGUGUGGCAUCUAGCCUGGAGCGCCUAGACAAGGGCGUCCAUAUUACUGAAUGGGGUGGAUUGAAGGAGUGGAAGCUUCCCGACAGCUACGGAUAUGACGCCAAAUCCACCCACCGCCAUUUGUCGCAUCUUACGGGUUGGCACCCAGGCUAUUCUGUUUCUUCCUUCUUGGGUGGCUACACCAACUCGACAAUCCAAUCCGCAGUCCAGGAAACACUCAUCUCUCGAGGCAUGGGCAAUGCCGAAGACGCCAACGCAGGAUGGGCUAAAGUCUGGCGUGCGGCGUGUUGGGCCCGACUCAACAACACCGAGAAAGCAUAUGAAGAGCUGCGAUACGCGAUAGAUGUGAACUUUGCGCCAAAUGGAUUCAGCAUGUACUGGGCAAUGAGUCCACCGUUCCAGAUCGACGCGAACUUCGGGCUGGGUGGCGCAGUUUUGAGUAUGUUGGUGGUUGAUCUGCCCUUACCUUAUGCUUCGAAAGACGAGCUUCGAACUGUGGUUUUAGGCCCUGCCAUCCCAAAGAAGUGGGGAGGUGGAAGUGUUAAAGGGCUCCGAAUUAGAGGCGGCGGAGUUGUGGACUUUAGUUGGAAUGACGAUGGUAUUGUUACUGAGGCGGUGGGAAGCUCUAGUACCAAAGGUGCCGAGAAGGUACGGCUCGUCAAUAUUGAAGGGGCGCAACUAGCAGUCCUGUGA